AUGUCAUAUCAGGCUUCCCGCAGACUGAGCUCCAUUGCUUCGCAGCUCGGGGCCCAAUCGGCCGUAAAUGACUCGACGGCCGGAUACCGCAUGACCCAUGACCCUGUCACGAACCCACCAGACACACCAAACUUCCUGGACAACUCCUUUGUGCGCUCUGCUGCGUCGCAAUGGAUCGAUCUCAAGGAUCCGGCAACAAACCAACAGGUCACCCGGGUGCCCGAGAGUACUGAUGAGGAGCUUCAGCAGGCCGUUGACUCUGCUAAACGUGCUUUCCCCGCUUGGAAGGCCACGAGUGUUUUACACAAACAACAGAUCAUGUUCAAGCUGGCUGCCUUGAUCAGAGAGAACAUGGACCGUCUAGCAGCUUCGAUUACACUUGAGCAAGGAAAGACGUUCGCCGAUGCCAAGGGCGAUGUCGUGCGUGGUCUCCAAGUUGUUGAGACUGCUUGUGGCAUCACCACGCAAAUCACUGGCGAGGUCGUCGAGGUGUCCACGGAUAUGGAGACCCGUUCCUACAGAGAGCCGCUGGGUGUGGUCGCUGCGAUUUGCCCUUUCAACUUUCCGGCCAUGAUUCCCCUCUGGUCUCUUCCAAUCGCCACGAUCACUGGAAACACGAUCGUGCUUAAGCCUUCUGAGAAGACUCCCGGGGCCUCCAUGAUCAUCGCCGAGCUGUGCAGAAAAGCUGGCUUCCCUGACGGCGUGGUAAACAUCAUUCAUGGCGGCAAGCGCGCGGUCAACUUCAUCAUUGAUAAUCCCACUAUCAAGGCCAUCUCCUUUGUCGGCUCUAACAAGGCGGGUGAGUACAUCUAUGAGAGGGCUUCCGCCAAAGGUAAGAGGGUGCAGGCCAACCUCGGUGCCAAGAACCACGCAGUCAUCCUGCCCGACGCCGACAAGAACCUAGCGCUCAACAGUAUCGCCGGUGCCGCGUUUGGUGCCGCUGGUCAACGGUGUAUGGCCCUGAGUGCGUUGGUAACCCUUGGCGGGACGAACGAGUGGCUCCAUGGUCUCGUGGACCGUGCCAAGAAACUCCAGAUCAAUGGCGGAUUUGAGCCGGGAGCAGACUUGGGGCCGUUGGUGUCUCCAGAGAGUCAAAAGAGAGUGGAGGAUCUCAUUGCCAGUGCCGAGGCGGAGGGCGCAACAAUCCUCCUUGAUGGCAGGGGUCAAAGGCCGGCCAAAUACCCCAACGGGAACUUUGUAGGUCACUCUUUUCUCCUUCUGAUGCAAGGUCUUCGUCUUCGUCUUCUAACAGAUUUCUUCUCCAAGGUCGGUCCUACAAUUAUCACGAAUGUCAGGCCGCAUAUGAAGUGCUACACCGAAGAGAUCUUCGGCCCAGUCCUCGUCUGCCUGGGUGCUGAUAACCUCGAUCAGGCUAUCAAACUCAUCAACGAUAACCCUUACGGUAAUGGAGCCGCAGUGUUCACGAGGUCCGGAGGUGCGGCCGCAAAGUUCCAAAAGGGACUUGAGGCUGGACAGCUCGGCAUCAACGUCCCGAUUCCCGUGCCCCUCCCCAUGUUCUCAUUCACUGGCAACAAGAAGUCAAUUGCUGGAACUGGCUCUCUAAACUUCUAUGGCAAGGAUGGUCUGAGAUUCUUUACGCAGUGGAAGACUGUGACCUCUCUAUGGAAGUCCGAGGACAUCGGCACGACACAGAGUCUGGUAAACAUGCCAAAGGUGGAAUAG